AUGGCUGUGUUGGAAACUAAAGUGGGGAAUGAUAGCUUAAGUAGAGUGAAUGGUAAUAUUUGGAAAGAGUGGGAGAAUGCUAAUAAUAAUGAUAGUCACCCUAAUGGGAGAAUUUGGGUAGGAUGGAAUAAGGAUACUAUCAGUUUUAAUGUCAUUGAGAAAAAUCCGCAAUUCAUACAUGGGGAGGCUUGGUUAGUAGAGGAGAACUCUCUUAUAGCCUUAACUAUAGUCUAUGGGUAUAAUCAACCUAUGGAAAGGAGAAGACUAUGGAAGGAAAUUGAAAGGCUCUCCAAUGGGAUGGGGAACAAACCGUGGCUAAUAAUGGGGGACUUUAAUGCAAUUAGGGGUCCAAGUGAGAAAAUUGGAGGAGUGUCAUGGGGAGAUACUUAUAGUGAUGACCUAAAUAAGUGUUGUGAGGAAGCAAAUCUAGAUGAUCUUCGGUACAUGGGAAACCAACUCACUUGGAGUAAUUGUAGUGAGGGACAUAGGAGGAUAGCAUGCAAGUUGGAUAGAGCCCUUGUAAAUGAACAAUGGAAAGAUGUUUUUGAGGAAUCCUUUGCCAUGUUUCUCAAUCAUUCUAUCUCUGACCAUUCCCCAUGCAUUGUGACUUGUGGAAGUGGUGUAAGGAGGAGGAGGGUCCCUUUCAAGUUCUAUAACAUGUGGGUAACACAUGAAAAUUUCCUUAAUAUUGUGAGGGAGUCUUGGCAAGAGGAAGUAGACGGCAGCCCUAUGUAUAAGCUCAUCAGCAAGCUCAAGAGAUUAAAAAAGGUUCUUAGGAGGCUAAAUAAGGAGGGGUUUUGGAGAAUUUCAGAGAAGGUGGAAGAAGCAAAAGGAAGGUUGGAGGAUGUUCAACAUAGACUUCAAAGCAGCCCACUAAGUGAAGAUUUAGCUAAGGAAGAAAAGGUUUGGUUGGAGAACUACAAAAAUCUAAGUGAAGCUGAAGAAUCUUUAGCUCGCCAAAAAGCUAAACAAUUGGUUUUCAUGGAAAAUUCAUUGGAUGGAUUAGGAGCUGCAUCUCAACCCCCUCGUUCUCUUUGGGAAUAA